AUUUCUCUAUGACUUAGUGUCUGUCUCUUCGCCAGGUUAUCAAGCUGAAUAGUAGGCUAGCCCCAUCUCUCCUCUCAAUUCAUGCUUACGAGCAAAUGUCUUUCCAUUUCAGGAGUUCUUGUCACUCAGAUGAGUUGCUCGAUGGUUUUAUAUAAGGUUCAAGUGUCCGAUGCUACACUGCAAGGUCAAUAAGCAUCUUCGCUCUUGUACUGCACUCGCACGGAGUUUCAUCACCAUGGCUACGUCUCACACAAGUUCGACCACUGUUAAUGCAUUGAACCUCAUUUUUACUGUUCUCGCAGUAUGCGCAGUGGGACUUCGAUUUUAUACGCAGCGAGUCACUCGACGUGAGUCUAAUGUCAGUGACUACAUGCUUGUUAUUGGCACAAUCGCCACUGUCAGUGUCACGGUCGUUGGUUACCUGAUGGUCUAUAUUGGCGGUGCUGGAAAACAUGUCACUGAGCUAACAGAGACAGAAAUGGAGAAUGUUCUGAAACUUUUCAUUGCAGCUCCUAUACUGUGGGGGGUGGCGACAACGGCAAUCAAGCUUUCGAUUCUUGCCUUCUAUUACAUUGUCUUCCGCAACCGUCAGCUUUGGAUUGCUGUCUAUUGCACUGCCGCAGCAACUAUCUGCUUGUUCAUAAUCACAUUUGUAGAGCCCCUCGUUCAGUGCCGACCGUUCCGGUAUACAUGGGAUAAGUAUCACACAACAGGAACUUGCGUGAACAUGCAGCCUCUCCUGAUUGCGAUCGCGGCUCUCAAUCUCGCCAUUGAUCUCACUAUUUUCUGCCUACCUCUGCCCACCCUCUGGAGGCUCCAGAUGAACCUUCGGAAAAAGCUCGAACUCUCCGUAAUUUUUCUUCUGGGUCUAAUUGUCUGCGUGAUGUCUGGGAUUCGAAUCAAAGCGCUGAUUCAGCUCGAUCAGAAUGAUUUCACAUUCACAGUUUUGGAUGAUUGCCUGUACGGGUUGCUGGAGAUCAGCCUCGGUAUCAUCAACGCCUGCCUUCCGUUUCUACGGCCUCUGGCCUCAAGCGCCAGACUCGGGUCUAGGACGGGUGGCUCGCAGAGCAAAGGGCAGCUACUCAGUGACGAGCCACCUCGCGCACGGAAACAGCAGCAGCUACUCAGUGGGGCCAGCACGGACACAGUUUCUCUACACAAAGUCGCGGGUAAUUCGGGAUGCGCGACCCACAUUAGUCUCGGGCCUGAGGAUACAGGGACUGGCGAACGUGUUGGUGGUGGGAAGCGGAUCAUGGUCAACCGUUCAGUGAGCAUGUCAAUCCAGACGGGUUCACAGACGGAGGUCUCAGAGCUUGUUUAGCUCAGUGGGGGCGGGCGGGUUAUGAUUUGUGCUUCAGUGGUACGGGGGAAGGGGGAAGGGGGAAGGGGGAACCGAACCAGGGGGGUUG